UCGAUCGCCCUAUCCAGGCUUUACGAAGUCGGCAACAAAUUCAUGAAUAAGUUAAAAUUGGGUCGUGCGUCCAGUAGCAAAGCUACUGACGAGGCUCCGAGUCUUUCCGGAAUUGAAAGGGCACCUACCACUUUUGCCACAGCACUGCCGCUUUUGAUGCCCGCGUCAGCGUCAUUCCAACAACAAUCUCCAUUCAUCCAGACAACCCCAGUGUCCGAUCAUUCUGUUUUUGUGCUUGACGAGCCGUCAUCACCGGUGCUACCACCGAAAAAGCCGACCACCUCCAGCUAUCGCUUUUCGUUUCGUGACACUGAACAUAACAAUCCUGAGGAGAAAUGUGCUUAUUUGUUUCGUGGAGAUUCGCUGUAUAACAAACCGCAAAAUUCUGGUGCUAAUGAUAAAGUAGAGCGUGUUCAUGUUUACGAUCCGUUCUGCCCUAUUCAUGGUUCUAGACGACGGCUGAACAGCAAAAAGCCAAAAAUUCGUGAUGUUGACUAUCAUUUGACAAGCAUCGAAUCAGUUGACGAUACCGAACCGUCAGGUGUUAUUUUGCUGAGUCAAGCAUUUGCUGCGAAACUGAUCCGUAAAAGACGGCGCGCCUUGCUGUCUGGCCCCGAGAAGUAUCGCAGCGACAAGGCGAAACGGAAGAUUCGUGUGAAUUUGUGGAUCGUUAGUAUGACAUUCCUUUUUCUUUUCACCGCUAUCCAUGGCUUACAGAAUUUGCAAACUUCAAUUAAUGGCCAUCUUGGAACAGACAGCCUUUCGAUUUUCUAUGCCAGUCUGUCAAUAUCGUACCUAUUCGUGCCGUCAUUUGUGCUGAAUCGGCUUGGCUGCAAGCGCACUUUGAUCGCAUCAUCCGGGAUAUUCAUGAUCUAUAUGUUAUCGAAUUUUUUACCGAAGUCAGUUUUUCGGGGCUCGUCGUAA